CGUCUUAAGGCCUCCACAUGUGUAGCAAUCGAAUCCAGCAUUUAUGAGUUGCAUUGUUGCAACCUUCACUCCACCCUCCUAAUAAUGCCUUCUUUGUACGAAGUAUCCGAUCUUUGAACAUAAAAGCAGAAGAACCUACCUUUAUGUUGGAAUUUGCUCUUUUUCACUCUCUUUCGACUGCAGAUUCUGUAAACCACUAGUUUAUCUUCGAGAGCUACCAAUAUCCAAACUCAAAGGGGAAAAGAGAGAGAGAGAGAGAGAGAGAGAGAGAGAGAGAGAGAGAGAGAGAGAGAGAAAGGAAUGAAUAUCUUAUGCGCAUCCCAGGUUACAAUGUCCAUAUGUUUAAGCAUGGAUGAAGCAGUCUCAUCCUCGUGCUCCUCAGCAGUUCAGCUCGGCGGUCGAGCCAUCGAUCGCCAUAAUCCCAUCAUUAGGGACGCUAAAAGGUUCAACACAAAUCCUUCACCUUACAAUCAGCUACGGAAGAAUGGAAAUGGGUCUUCACGCAAGUCAAAAAGUACGGAUCAUAAAAAGAAGAAGAGCUGGACUAAGAAAAGUUCAUUGAAACUGCCAACUGAUAUUGAAGAUAGUAAUGGCAGCAAGGGGAUUGAUUUCGUCACCCCACCUGGUUCCUCAAGGUAUCUCUUGGGCAACUCUGGUUUUCUCGAUGAGAUAUCAGAUUAUGAUCCAGUUUGGGCAUUGGUUCCCUUCCAAGAAAAUCAGAUUAAAGAUGUAAAACGAGAUCAAUCCGUUGUUUCGGAACCCUCUUUCUCAGACAAACCUUCUAAAGACCAGGUUGUGGUUUUAAGGGUAUCAUUACACUGCAAAGGCUGUGAAGGAAAAGUGAGGAAACAUAUAUCAAGAAUGAAAGGUGUGAGAUCCUACAGCAUCGACUUUGCGGCGAAGAAGGUGACAAUUGUGGGAAACGUAACACCAUUAGGCGUCCUUGCUAGUGUGUCAAAGGUGAAGAGUGCACAAUUUUGGACACCUGCAACACCUGCUCUUGCCUCUACCAAUUUAUCAGCGAACAAAUGAACAUAUAAUUAUCAAUCUAUCUUCUUAGGACUUUCAACAAAGAAAUAUAAUGAAAUUAGACUACUUUCGGGCAUUAAAGUUUGACUUCAGUGUUUUAUGUAACUUGCUACUUUGAACUAAGUAAAAAGGAAGUAGCGGGUGAAUCAUUUUCUUCUCUUUUUGACAACUAUCUUCUAAGUAACUCUUUGGUUUUAAUUUUUGCAAAUAUAUAUGUUGAAUUAUAGUUUAGCCUCCUGCAAUAUUAAAA